GAUAAUUUAAAUAUCGAAUGAUUUUGAAAAUGUGUGCGUUCGAAUAUACUGAAAAAGUGUUUUUCUUUGUUUUUCUUGAGACUAUUCCAGUGAUGAUAAACAAAUGAAGAUGAAUAGGAAUGUUUGUAAGCCUUCAUCAGAACCUUCAAGACCUAUUGGAUUCUUAUAAGCAAGCCGCAAAGAAGCGCGGCCGUUCCUUGACGCGGUCUCCAUUAUGAAGGAGAAGAGCAAGAACGCAGCGCGCUCCAGGAGAGAGAAAGAGAACGCCGAGUUCCUGGAGCUGGCCAAGCUGCUGCCGCUGCCGGCCGCCAUCACCUCGCAGCUGGACAAGGCGUCCGUCAUCCGGCUUACUACCAGCUAUCUCAAGAUGCGACAGGUCUUCCCUGACGGUCUAGGCGACGCGUGGGGCGCGGCGCCCCCGCCACCUCAGCCCCGGGAACUGUCCAUCAGGGAGCUGGGUUCCCACCUGCUCCAGACCCUGGACGGGUUCAUCUUCGUGGUGGCGCCGGAUGGGAAGAUCAUGUACAUCAGUGAGACGGCCUCGGUGCAUCUGGGGUUGAGUCAGGUGGAGCUGACCGGCAACUCGAUCUACGAGUACAUCCACCAGGCCGACCACGAGGAGAUGAGCGCCGUUCUCAGUCUGCAGCACCCACAUUCUUACUUGGGCCAUCAGCACGCCGGCCUUGGAUACCCAGUGGGGGGCACGUGGGGCCCGACGGUGGACAUCGAGUGCGAGAGAGCCUUCUUCAUCAGGAUGAAGUGUGUCCUCGCCAAGAGAAACGCGGGUCUCACCACCGCAGGGUACAAGGUGAUCCACUGCUCGGGGUACCUCCGAGCGCGCCGCUUCGGCGAGGGCUCGGCGCCUUUGGGACUGGUGGCGGUGGGACACUCCCUCCCGCCCUCCGCCGUGACAGAACUGAAGCUGCACUCCAACAUGUUCAUGUUCAGGGCGUCGCUGGACAUGCGGCUCAUAUUCCUGGACGCUAGAGUGGCGUCUCUCACGGGGUACGAACCGCAGGAUCUGAUCGAGAAGACCCUGUACCACUACAUCCACGGGACCGACGUGCUUCACAUGCGAUACUCUCACUGCACUUUGCUGACCAAAGGGCAGGUGACGUCGCGCUACUACCGCUUCCUGACCAAGUCUGGCGGCUGGGUGUGGAUGCAGAGUUACGCCACCAUCGUCCAUAAUUCACGGUCUUCGCGCCCACACUGUAUUGUGUCCGUCAACUAUGUGCUCAGCGACAUCGAAGAGAAGCACCUAAUAUUAAACAUCGACCAAGGCCCGCCGAAGCUGAACCACGAAGUCCCCGCGCCGUCCCACGUCCCCACCACCACUACGUCCCCACAAAUGCCCCACAUACGACAGACUGACAAACUCAACCACGUCACGUUGAACGAAAGCGAUUUCAGCGGCGAUUCUUCUAGUGGUUAUACGUACCCAGAGUAUGCGCUCCCAGUCAUCCCAACGUACGAAUCGCACGAAGAAUUCAACCAACAAAACGGUUCCUACCAAGAACUCUUCUACGAAAAUUAUCCAGACCCAGAGAUAUUGCCAAACAACUACGUAAACUAUCCUCAAAAUCAACGACCGUAUUCCGCUAGCUCGUCAUCCUGUAGCUCAAUCGAGAGCUCAGAGAUCGCGAAUCAGCAGUACAGCUAUACGAAUCUAAUAUCGUUCUACGGGCACAACGGCCAAAAUCAAAAUGGCCGCCCGAUUGACGGCAAUUUUGGCGGGAACUUCGGCAAGAUGACGCCGAGCCCGACGGUGCAAGAAGGUGCGUACACGAGCGUGAUAGUUGACAACACGCAGCAGUUCCACCACCACGGCGGUGGGGUCAACGAGUUUGUGCAUUGAGACGCGUUUAGUUUCUGACAAUGGGUAGAAUUUGCCACCAGGGCUGCGCCAUCUUGGCGUGUGAACUUUGACGUUUGACAAUUUUGGCGCGAAAGAAUGCUGCGUGGUUUUAUGACCUAGUCAGUUGACGUUUUUUAAACCCGACUGAGGCAAACGCAUUGAAAAAAGACAGCCAAUAAGGCACUGGUGAGCUAAAACCUUUUUGCCCCUAUUUCGGUAAAAAAAAAAAACCUAGAGCUUAGAACCA